GAUUUCUACGAAUCCAAACGGCACCACUCCCUUCGAUCCCGGGGCCUCCCGCCUGGUUAAAUCCGAGGGCCUCUCUUUAAAUUUACUGGCCCAAUCAUCAACCUCCAAGUUUCUACCAUGGCCGCGAGCUUUCGAAUUCGAAGCCUUCACUUCAUCACUGUUGUUCUUCUAUGUAUCCGCUUCCCCGCGCAUAGCCAUCGCCUCGAUGAACACCAGCCCCUCUCCAAAAUUGAUGUAUACAAGGCUACUCUCGCACUCCGAAAGACUGCUUCCAUUAGAGCCUCGCCGCUUGUUCUCGGCCUCAAUGGCGAGGGUUCCGAGUGGGUGACUGUAAAGUUUCGACAUCCUGAACCCUCUGCAGAUGAUUGGAUAGCAGUGUUUUCGCCUGCGAAGUUUAGCAUGUUUAGCUCAUCAGCUUGUCCUUCUUCAAAUAAAAAGGUUCAAACUCCAUUAAUCUGCUCAAGCCCAAUAAAGUUCAAUUAUGCAAACUACUCCAAUCCAAAUUAUGCAAGGACGGGGAAAGCUUCUUUGGUGUUCCAGUUGAUUAAUCAGCGAGCAGACUUCUCAUUUGCUUUAUUUUCAGGAGGUCUUUCAAAUCCCAAGCUUAUUGCUGUUUCAAAUUCCAUAUCAUUUAAGAAUCCUAAAGCGCCAUUGUUUUCACGCCUUGCACAUGGAAAGCUAUGGAAUGAAAUGACAGUAACCUGGACAAGUGGGUAUGAUAUAAAUGAAGCUGUUCCGUUUGUUGAAUGGGGUCUAAAAGGAGAGACACAGACGAAAUCCCCAGCUGGGACACUGACAUUUAGUAGGAACAGCAUGUGUGAUGCACCUGCACGAACUGUUGGCUGGCGUGAUCCUGGUUUCUUUCAUACUAGUUACCUACAAAACUUAUGGCCAAACGCUGUGUACACGUACAGAUUGGGCCAUCGCUUGUCUGAUGGAUCAUAUAUUUGGAGCAAGAGCUAUUCAUUCAAGUCGUCUCCACAUCCUGGAGAAGAAUCGUUACAGCAUGUGAUUAUAUUUGGUGAUAUGGGGAAGGGACAACGCGAUGGAUCAAAUGAGUAUAGCAACUAUCAACCUGGAGCAUUGAACACCACUGACCAGCUCAUCAAAGACUUGAACAAUAUUGACAUUGUUUUUCAUAUUGGAGACCUAUCUUACGCUAAUGGGUACCUCUCAGAGUGGGACCAAUUUACUGCACAGGUCGAGCCCAUUGCAUCUAGGGUUCCCUACAUGGUUGCAAGUGGUAACCAUGAGCGUGACUGGCCAAAUACUGGGUCCUUCUAUGCAAACAUGGAUUCAGGUGGGGAGUGUGGAGUCCCGGCCGAGACCAUGUUCUAUUUUCCUGCUGAAAACAGAGCGAAGUUCUGGUACUCGACAGAUUACGGGCUGUUCCGGUUCUGUGUAGGUGACACUGAACAUGACUGGCGAGAGGGCACAGAACAGUACAAAUUCAUAGAGCAGUGCUUUGCAUCAGCGGAUAGACAAAAACAACCUUGGUUGAUAUUUGCUGCUCAUCGUGUGGUGGGCUAUUCUUCCAACGAUUGGUAUGCGUCGCAAGGCUCAUACGAGGAACCCAUGGGAAGGGAGAGCCUACAGAAACUUUGGCAGAAGUACAGAGUCGAUAUUGCCUUCUAUGGACAUGUCCACAAUUACGAAAGAACAUGUCCAAUUUACCAGCACCAAUGCGUGAAUACAGAAAAAACGCACUAUUUGGGCACUAUGAAUGGCACGAUCCACGUGGUUGUUGGUGGAGCAGGGAGCCACUUAUCUCCAUUCAGCCAAGAGAUCCCGAAAUGGAGUCUUUACAGAGACUACGAUUUUGGAUUCGUGAAGUUGACAGCAUUCAACCGCUCCUCUCUCCUUUUCCAGUACAAGAAAAGCAGUGAUGGUAAGGUGUAUGAUUACUUUACCAUUUCAAGAGACUACAGAGACGUCUUGGCCUGUGUUCCCGACAGUUGUCAACCAACAACUUUGGCAGCCUGAGCCUUCGUACUCGGCUGGAUUAUGAAUUAUACAUAUUCGUAGUCUUUUUAGUGCACAUUCAGGGUUGUGAAUUGGUUGGAGAAACAAUUAGAUUUUACAUUUAUUAUAGGUUAGGCUGCACUAGAAAUAGCCUGUUGAGUAGGAGAUUUUAAUCAUUUUUUAGUUAUAAUCAUUUUUAUUAUAAGUCAACUAAGAUAGUGUUUUUUGUUUUUGGAUGAUGAACUUAUUUCCUAACUAAGUUAAACUUUAAAAUUGUCUAAUAGAUAUUUAAAGUUUCACUUGUC